GCGGGGCUCCACGCAUGCGCGGCGACGGCGUGCCAAGAUGGCGGCGGCUCUGUCCCGGGCGCUGAAGCUUCCAGGGAAAAAGAUUCACGAUCUGGGGGAAUACGAUCCACUCCGGCAAGCUGACAGUGAUGACAGCGAGGACGAUAGCGAUCUCAGCUACCAGAAAAAUGGCACCGUCCAGACUGAGGGCAGCGUCGAGGCUGCGUGUGAUGGAGAUACUGAUGCCGCAGUUGAAAUGCACACGUUGAAAAUGAAACAACGGCGACUGGACGAACCUAGCUCCACGGAGGUCCAUGCAACUGAGGUCUCCGACGAGUUUACCGUUAAAGCCAGAACCUCACUCGUCCCUUGCCUGCGGACAGCUGCCUUCCUGCUCACUCUCGCUUUCGCCAUGGUCCUUGUUCUGGCCUGCGCUUUCUUCAUCCCGUGUCCGAGGAGCCAGCCGCUGAUGACGUCGUGGAACCGAAGCCUCGGCCAAGCAGCCAGUUUCCCUUCUGUGAUGACGCUUUGGGAUGUUAAUGAUGACCAAGUUUCUGACGUAAUUAUUUCGUUCAGUUCCACCGGGAAAGUCCAGGACCAGAGAGGAGGCCUCAGGCCACAAGCUGUGUUGAAACUUCACACGUCGGUAGCAGUGUUAUCUGGGGUUGAUGGCAGCGUACUGUGGACAUCCCUGGCUCCAGAGCGACUGAAAUUUAUCCAGUGCGGUAUCGGCUAUCUAGGAGGGCCGGGUUCUGUCUGCCUCCUGGUUGGAAUCAGUCACAUGUUGAAGGUCGUUAACAGCAGCUCAGGAAGUAGCCUGUGGGAAAUGAAGAGCGUGUACCGGUCCCAUCAGAUUCCAGCCGCCCCAGCAGUGUUGCUUCCAGACGUAGACGGUGAUGGAUUCACAGACUUGCUGCUUGGGAGCAGACCUGCUGUACUGACCAGUCGGCUUCGUGACAUCUCCUUUGUGUUCGUGUCAGGAGCAACAGGGGCCCUGAUUGGCCGGUCAGUUUCUUACAAUGUCACCGGUGAGGGCAAGCUGAUUGGUCCAAAGGCCUACGUGUCUGGAGAAGGCACGCUGUACGUUCUGUUUGGCUACGGAAAUAUCCAGGCUGUGGCCUUGAAGGACAUUUACACCCAAGCAAAUGGCAAAGGCAGCUUGCCUCCAUCUCUACAAAGCCAGGACUCCAUAUGGGAAUGGAAGAGAAACGAGAACCUGUCUGAACUGUACAGUAAUGAUUCUGUGAGGGACGUACAGACUCUUAGCAGACAUGGAGGGAGUGACAGUGACAUAUUGAUCACCACAAAGAGCAGACUGCACAUUCUGAAUCGGCAGCGCCUCCUGCAGGUGUGGUCAGCAAACGGAAGCAGCAUCGAAAGUUCUCCUGUCACUGGCUUCUUCAACGAAGACGACACCCUGGAUUUCCUGAUCCAGAUCAUGAACAGGAGCAAUGUGAGAGAGAGUUUAAUUAUCGAUGGGAGUUCGGGUGAGGAACUUUGGAAAGCAAACGUGGACUGUCGUGUCCAGGAAGCAGCCUCUGUACCAAUGUCCAAUGGGAGAUCUGCAUUUCUGUUCUGGACUGAGGCGUGUGGAGUGGCCCACUUGGGUCAGAUGACAGACAUUUACUCUCCGAACCAGUAUCAUUUGUACCUCCUGCACCCGUUGUAUCCCAGUGUCCUGCUGCAGCUGGCCAACAGCACAGCACUUGUGACAGCAUCAGCAACUGGGUUACUGGAGCAACAAAAGGACGCUUUCUGCAUUACCGUGACGAUGGGCACCGCACGCUGGUCCCGUGAAAGUCACACUGGGCACCUCAUGGUGACUGGCCUGGGCCUGAACUGGGCGAUUUCUCACAGCAGGACGGUGGCCCUGGAGGACGGCGCUGUCACCACCAUCCAGAAAAUCGUCUCCAAGAUCCAGUUCACUGCGGCCGAGCACUGACAGUCACUACAGACACCGACCGUGAUGUGACGCAAGGAACAGAAGCUCAUUUACUGCUUUCCGCAGGAACGUCACAUCCCAAUCACCAUGCUCCCUUCCAGCAGUGUCCCUGUAUCCUCCUCCCCGCCCUUCACAUCCUCACGGGAGCUCCUCACUUGAUCUGGAAAAUGACUUGAAAAUGAUCUCCAAGGCAACAAUCCUAGCCAGGGCUUUCCCACUAGUUACUGGCUCAAUCAGAACAAUAUUUCAAAAGAAUCCAGUUCCUUCUCUUUGCUACAACCGUCUGGCAGUUCAUCCCCAGUGUGUAGUUGGCUAAGUUCAGCCAUCUCCAUGUGAGCAGUCACGUCUAUCUGUUAUCCACCAGGAUCCAGCUUUAAAUGAGGCCUCUCCUUGAUGCAGGAAUGGGCAAUUCGUUCCCACACAGUCCUCUUUAAAGCACACACGUUUACAAGUGUUGCCUGUAGUAAUUGCACUUUAGAUUAGCGCAAUCUUGUGUCUUAUUGUAGCUACAAUCUAAACUUAUUUAUCAUUAGAGUUUAUUAUAGUCUUCGCUGAACCAGUCAAAAAGCUUGAAUGUGAACUUAAACUUAUAGAAAAGAUUUGUAAAUGAUUUAUUUGUAUAUAGGAGCUGAAGUAGGCCUAGAUUGUAAAUAGAUAUAUCCUAAAAUGGUUUCUAUGUGAUUUAAACAAAUUUAAUAUAUAAGAUACCUGAAUUUACGGUGUUUAAUUUGGCAUCAACCUGGUCCCCUUCUUGAGAAACGAGGGCAGCGUGACCUUUGACUUAUGGAGUCAACUGUGGGGCCACCUCAGGGUUCAGAGGACACCAGGGCAUAAUCUUGAGAUGACUAUGAUGCCAUUUUGCUUCUGUAAUUCAUGCUGGUUGUUUCUGUAUUUCCAAAUCAACAGAUCUUUAAUUCUU